CUUCUGAUGGCUCAGCAACUAAUCUCGCAUAUGCCAACAAGCUUUCUCCGUUGAAAAGAUCAAGAAAAUUUAAUAAAUUUAAUAAAUUAAAUUUAUUAAAUUUUCGCGAUCCUUUUGAUCUUCGAUCCCACCAAAACAG